AUGGCUAGAAGAUUAUUGCAACAACAACAAGGUCAAGGUGGGAAUCCACAACAACAGGCACCAGCACAAGGUCAAGUACCACUACAAAUGCAAAGUAAUGGUAACAGUUUAGCUGGGACUCCUCAACAACAAUCAAUGGUUGCACAAGCACAAGCACAAGCUCAAGCACAGGCCAAUAGUAACGGCGGUGGAAAUUAUUUACAAGGUGCUAACAAUAACAAUAACAAUAAUAAUGAUAGCACAAUGGGUAAUGGAUUUAUAAAUAACCAAGGUCAGACUCCAAUUACUCAAGCAACUGGGCCUCAACAUAAUUUCCAACAAGCUAGACAACAGCAAUUCGUUCAACAGCAACAACAGCAACAACAACAACAACAACAACAAGCACAACAACCUCAAGUAGGCGGGCCCGGCUUCACCGGUAAACCUCCUUUGAGUCAUGGUUUAUUUGAUCCUGAUCAAUCUGUGUUGUUGAAGGCUCAAAUUGCCGCUUUUAAAUGUCUAGUAAAGAACUUACCAGUACCUCAAGAGGUUAACCAUAUAUUGGCUAGAUCUUUAGCAAAUACAUUGAAGAAGGAUAACAGUCAACAACCAACACCACUUCAACCAUCUCAAAUACCCCAACCACAACAGACAGCACCUCAAUCUAUUCCACAAUCUUCAAAUGCAACUCCACAACAACCAAGAAGUUCAAUCCCACAACUAAAUCAACAUUUACCUCAACAAAUACCUAAUCAACAACAACAAAUAUCUACACCUCCAGUUGUUAACAAUCAAUCUCCUCAAGUAUCUAUUCGUUCAACAUCACAACAUAAUACCCCAGUAAUACAGAAUAAGACUCAUCCUCAACAGAGAAAAUCUCAAACAUCAAGUAUUUCAGGCGCAUCGCAACAACCACAGCAAAGUUCAUCAGGUUUAGUUACAUUUGAAAAUCAACCCCCAAUUCCUUUAGAGAAAUUAAAGGAAUCAUAUCCUGAUAUAACAACAAUUGUUCCUUAUAAUGAUCCAAAGAUUAAGGUUGAUAGUUAUACUAGACCGGUUCAACAAAAAGAAGUUUCUUACGAGUUAUUGUUUCAUUCAAAAUCAAGGGUAAUAAUACCUGGUGUAUUUCCUGAAGGUUUAGAUGUUCAAGGUGCAGCUGAAGUUCGUGAAGCUGAGAUUCAAUUUGACAUUCAAGAGGCAUUAGAACAAUUUAAAUUACAAGAUGAUAAAGAGGCAAUAAAGGAUGAUGAAGAUUUAAUUGAUUAUUAUUCAUUACAAUUGUUACCUUAUCAAAAGGCAAUGAGAGGUCAUUUAUUAAGUUUGAAUUAUUUUAAAGAUUCAUUAUUAACUAAUAGUCACCCUAACUUCUUAGCAAAAAUUAGAAAGGUCAAUGCAGCUGAUGCUCAUAUUACAAAUAAUUUAUAUUUGCAACAACAAUCUCAGAAACUCAAAAUUGAACACAAGAAAAAAUUUGAAAAAAUUGAAAAAUUAGCUUCAGAAUCAAGUUACAUCAUUAAAAAGAGAUUUGAAAAAGCUGAACAAGUUCAAAAAUUUGGUAGAGCUAUUGGUAAUUUGCAUGGUCAUAUUGAAAGAGAAGAACAGAAGCGUGUUGAAAGAAACGCCAAACAACGUUUACAAGCUUUGAAGGCCAAUGAUGAAGAAGCUUAUAUCAAAUUGUUAGAUCAAACAAAAGAUACAAGAAUUACACAUUUGUUGAAACAAACCAAUACUUUCUUAGACUCUUUGGCUCAAGCAGUGAAGGACCAACAAAAACAAACUCAUGAACAUUCAAAAGCUUCAGGUGGUGCAGUUACAGAAGAAUUUGAGAAUUUGGAAGAUGAUAAAGAAAAUAUUGAUUAUUAUUCAGUUGCCCAUAGAGUUCGUGAAGAGAUUAAAGUUCAACCAAGUAUUUUAAUUGGUGGUCAAUUGAAAGAAUAUCAAAUUAAAGGUUUACAAUGGAUGGUCUCAUUAUUUAAUAAUCAUCUUAAUGGUAUUUUAGCAGAUGAAAUGGGGUUGGGUAAAACUAUUCAAAGUAUUUCAUUAUUAACUUAUCUUUUUGAAGUUAAAAAAGUUCAUGGUCCAUUUUUAGUUAUUGUUCCAUUAUCGACAUUAACUAAUUGGAAUUUAGAAUUUGAAAAAUGGGCACCUGCUUUAAAGAAAAUUACAUAUAAAGGUACACCAUCAUUGAGAAAAGUUAUGCAACAAGAUAUUAAAAAUCAAAAUUUCCAUGUUCUUUUAACAACUUUCGAAUAUAUUAUUAAAGAUCGUCCUUUAUUAGCAAAAAUUAAUUGGGCUCAUAUGAUUAUUGAUGAAGGUCAUAGAAUGAAGAAUUCAAAUUCCAAAUUAUCAUCUACUUUAACUCAACAUUAUCAUACUGAUUAUAGAUUAAUCUUGACAGGUACCCCAUUACAAAAUAACUUACCAGAACUUUGGGCUUUAUUAAAUUUCGUGUUACCAAAGAUUUUCAAUUCUGUUAAAUCUUUUGAUGAAUGGUUUAAUACACCAUUUGCUAACACAGGUGGUCAAGAUAAAAUUGAAUUAUCAGAAGAAGAAACAUUAUUGGUUAUUAGAAGAUUGCAUAAAGUGCUAAGACCAUUUUUAUUGCGUCGUUUGAAGAAAGAUGUUGAAAAAGAUUUACCAAAUAAAGUUGAAAAAGUCAUUAAAUGUAAAAUGUCUGCAAUUCAAAGUAAAUUAUACCAACAAAUGCUUAAACAUCAUCAAUUAUUUAUUGGGGAUGCAACCAAUGAAAACUUGAUUCCUAUUAAAGGGUUGAAUAACCCAAUUAUGCAAUUAAGAAAAAUUUGUAACCAUCCAUUUGUUUUUGAAGAAAUUGAAACAGCUUUAAAUCCAACAAAUGAAACUAAUAAUAAAAUUUGGAGAGUUGCUGGUAAAUUUGAAUUAUUGGAACGUGUUCUACCUAAAUUCAAAGCUACAGGUCAUAGAGUUUUGAUCUUCUUUCAAAUGACUCAGAUUAUGGAUAUCAUGGAAGAUUUUUUAAGAUUGAAUGAUAUGAAAUAUUUAAGAUUAGAUGGUGCUACUAAACCAGAUGAUCGUACUCUUUUAUUGAAAAAAUUCAAUGAUCCAAAUUCAGAAUAUUUUGCCUUUUUGUUAUCAACAAGAGCUGGUGGUUUAGGUUUAAAUUUACAAACAGCUGAUACUGUUAUUAUUUUUGAUACUGAUUGGAAUCCUCAUCAAGAUUUACAAGCUCAAGAUAGAGCUCAUAGAAUUGGUCAAAAGAAUGAAGUUCGUAUUUUAAGAUUGAUUACAGAAGAAUCUGUUGAAGAAGUGAUUUUGGAACGUGCUCAUCAAAAGUUGGAUAUUGAUGGUAAAGUCAUUCAAGCUGGUAAAUUCGAUAAUAAAUCUACAUCUGAAGAACAAGAAGCUUUAUUAAGAGCUUUAUUGGAAGCCGAAGAAACUAAAAAAGUUACAAAAGAAGCAGAUGAUGAUGAAUUGGAUGAUGAUGAAUUGAAUGAAAUUUUAUCAAGAAAUGAUAAUGAAUUGGUUUUAUUUAAGAAAAUGGAUGAAGAAAAUAAACAUAAAAAAGUUCUUGGUCGUUUAUUUACAGAAGCUGAAUUACCACCAAUUUAUAGACGUGAUCCAUCAGAGUUCUUUAAAGUUGAAAAUGUUGAUGAUUAUGGUCGUGGUGCUAGAGAACGUAAACAAACAUUUUAUGAUGAAAAUGUUUCUGAAGAACAAUGGUUGAGAGAAAUUGAUGGUAUUGAAGAUGAUGGAGAGGAAGAGGAUGAAUUUGGUGAUAUUAAACCAACUAAGAAGAGAAAAAGAUCAAGAAAGAAGAAUGAUGGUAUUGAAGAAGAUCCUGAUGUGAUUCAAUCAACUGGAAGAAAAAGAAGAAGUGUUCCACCAACAUCAAGUGCAGGUACACCUGUUCCAGGAGGUGAUGAAAUUACUAGUUCAGCUUCAACUCCAACAUUACCGGAAUUAGAAGUUGGUGAAGGUUCAAAGACUCUUGCACAAAAUGCUGUUGCUAGUAAACCUAAACGUAGCCGUGCUAAAGGUACAAGUGCAACAUCGGGUUCACGUUCCAAAAACAAUGCAACUGGUACAGGUGCUGGGAGUGGUAAUAUUGGACGUUCAAGAUCUCGUUUAUUAGCUGCAGGUACACCACCAAAUAGAUUACCAAGAUUAUCAGAUCCAUUAACAUUAGAAGAACGUGAAGAUUUGAAGAAGAAAGCUGAUGAAAUUUAUCAAUAUUUAAUUGAUUUUAAAAAUGAAGAAGGACGUAAAUUAAGUGAAAUAUUUCUUGUUAGACCACCAAAAAGAUAUUAUCCAGAUUAUUAUUUAUUAAUUAAAUUCCCAAUUGCAUUUGAUGUUAUAAAUAAAAGAAUAAAGACAAAUAUUUAUAUUUCAUUAAAAGAAUUCAUUGAAGAUGUUCAUUUGAUGUGUUCUAAUGCUAAAAUUUAUAAUGAAGAAGGUUCAAUUGUUUAUGAAGAUGCAGUUUUUAUGGAGGAUGUUGCAUUUAAGAAAUAUAAAGAAGUUGCGGGAGAUGAUGCAGAUUUAGAUUUCAGUGAAUUUGAUGAUGAAUAUACUACAAAAGUUGCACCACCAACUAAUACUCAAGUUGAUCCAAAAGUUGAUUUAGGUAUCAAUGGAGUUUCAUCAACACCAGCUGUUUAA